AUGUGGCGCUUUCGAGCGGUGUCGGCAAUUGCUCCACGUGGUUGUUUCAGGUGCGUGUUUCAGAGCAAAGCCUUCGCUGCUGCCAGCAAAACCCUCCCUUGUACUCCAGAAGGGAAAAACCCGUAUGAUGUUCUUGAAGUCACUGUUACUAAUUCUACGACACUGAACGACAUAUCGAAGCAGUUUAGAGAGCUUGUGGUCAGAAACCAUCCCGACCAGCCUUGUGGGUCACACGAAAAGAUGUCUGAGCUUAACGCAGCGUACAAAAUUGUGAAGGAGCACCACGAGGGCGUCCUCCGACGCUUGAAGGAGUACGAGGCUGACACUAAGGGGAAUGAGGCCUUCCAGCAGCACAGGCGGUCGCGGGCUCAGGAUGAUAGGGAUUUAGGUCGGACCGGUGGUGUAUUCCGCAGGAACGCCAGGGCGGCGGAGCAAGCUUCUGCUUCUAAGAAGGCUCGUUCCUUACAGGAAAUCACAUCGUCGUGGAGCCGUUACAGGGAGGACACUGAGCAUGCUGUUACCAGUAUGUGCAAUCGGUACGAGCUAGCCGUGGAAAAGGGAUGCUUUUUUCGGAAGACGUCGAUGCUUAACGAAAUAACUGUGCGGGAAAGAUGGCUACGGAAGAGUUACAUCAAGGCGGUAUGGGAGGAAGUUCACGAGCUACGAGGGGAAUUGCUUCGUCGAGGGGCACGGAGUUCCCAGCAGUCUCAACUUGCGGAGGAGAUGGUGUCCUUCGCGUCAGCAACUCAGAGGAAGUUGAAUGAAGACUUUCAGCGGCUCACUCAGUUGAGUGUACAGUCACAAACCCGUCUGUUUCUUCAGAGAAUAUUAGUUGCGUUAGUCACGGUGGUUGUGUUUAUUAAGUUGUGGCAGAGUUUGUUGUCAGGCAUGUUCAGGAAUUCCUUGACUGUGCGGUUUCGACAAGGGAUUUUGAGCCAUUAA